GUCGAAGGAGCCGACGCGUCUCAGAACCAAGCGGCAUUCUCCACUGCCAGGCCCCCGUCUUCAGCCGUUUCCAAGUUCCGCCGGCGUGAGCGCAGUCUCGAGGACGCCAUAUUUAUACCUUCCUUCCUUUCUUCCCCAACUCCGAGCAACCGAAUCGAGCAAAGCACCCCUCCACCGCAUCACGCUUCCCCUCUUCGUAAUAUUCCCUACUCCUGCCCCCUCCCCCGGUCCCUAGCCUCAGCUCCGCCUCUCGAUUUCCGAAGCGCCCGCGCCUCCGUUUCCCCCGGCUCCAAUGGCCCUGCCCUACCUGGAGGCCGUGCUGUGCUUCAUGAUUCUCAUGUACAUAUUUGAGACAUAUCUUGACAUUCGUCAGCAUAGAGCCCUCAAGUUACCAACGUUGCCGAAACCCCUGCUAGGAGUAAUUAGUAAUGAAAAGUUUGAACGGUCUAGAGCUUAUAGCCUCGACAAAAGUUAUUUCCAUUUUGUUCACGAGGUCAUGACUAUUGUGAUGGAUACCACAAUGCUGUACUAUAAAGUUCUUCCCUGGUUUUGGAAGAAAUCUGGUGAAUUAGUAACCAACGUUGGCCUGAAUGCUGAGAAUGAGAUAAUACACACUCUUGCGUUCUUAGCUGGUGCCAUGGUUUGGUCACAGAUUACAGACUUGCCAUUCUCUCUUUACUCAACUUUUGUUAUAGAGGCUCGACAUGGUUUUAACAAGCAAACUAUAUGGCUCUUCAUUAGGGAUAUGGUCAAAGGAAUUUUACUAUCCAUGUUAAUUGGACCGCCAAUCGUGGCUGCUAUCAUCUUCAUAGUACAGAAUGGAGGACCUUACCUGGCUAUAUAUCUCUGGGGCUUUAUGUUUGCGUUAGCUCUCUUGAUGAUGACAAUAUACCCCAUCGUGAUAGCUCCUCUGUUCAACAAAUUCACUCCCCUUCCUGAAGGAGUACUCAGGGAGAAAAUAGAGAACUUAGCAGCUUCGCUCAAGUUUCCUUUGAAAAAGCUUUUCGUGGUGGAUGGGUCUUCCAGAUCAAGCCACAGUAAUGCUUACAUGUAUGGUUUUUUCAAGAAUAAGCGCAUAGUACUCUAUGACACAUUGAUUCAACAGUGUAGUAACGAGGAUGAGAUAGUUUCUGUCAUUGCACAUGAACUUGGGCACUGGAAACUCAAUCAUACUGUCUAUUCCUUUGUAGCUGUCCAGCUACUUAUGUUUCUACAAUUUGGAGGAUAUACUCUAGUAAGGAACUCCAAAGAUCUAUUCCAAAGUUUUGGUUUUGAGGACCAGCCUGUAAUAAUUGGGCUGAUCAUUUUUCAGCACACCAUAAUACCUCUCCAACACCUUCUGAGUUUUUGCCUGAACCUUGUCAGCAGAGCAUUUGAAUUUCAGGCUGAUGCCUUUGCCAAGAACCUUGGAUAUGCCGCUCAGCUCCGGGCAGCCCUUGUUAAACUACAGGAGGAGAACUUGUCAGCAAUGAACACGGAUCCAUGGUAUUCUACAUAUCACUACUCCCAUCCACCUCUUGUCGAAAGGCUGCAAGCUCUUGAAGAGUCAGACAGCAAAAAGGAAGACUAAUGGAAGAGGACUGAGCUGAUGUUAUUCUUGAAGCGCCAAAGUCUUGGAUCCUUUUGUGAUCUACCAUAUGAAUUUCCCUGUCGUGCACAAGGAUUUUGAGGGGUUUGAUACAGGAGGGUGUUGUGAACUACCAUAUGGAUUUCUGUAAGCAUUCAGCCCAUGCAAGGUAACAGGCGCACAUGCAAGGUGUAUUAAGAUAGUUUCCGUUCAUCAAUAGAUUUCGUAGAUUGGUCUGUACACAGGUGUAAUAGCCUUCGAAUAUUGAGAAAUAGAAUCGCAUCAACUAUUAAAGUGCUAGAUGCUCUGAUGAUGCAUCUCGAUGAA